GUUUGGGAUGGUACUGUACCUUGUUACAGUAGAUUGUAAUGUUAGUAUAUUUGUCCUUUUGGGGUCUCCUUCAAAGAAACAAAACCUUCUCAUUCUCAUUCUCAUUCUCAUUCUCUCUGCUGAAUCCCAAAAACCUUCUUCUCCCAUUUCCUCUGAGAGAUUGAUUGAGAGAGAGAGAGAGAAAGUGAUUAACUUUGUGUUAUUCUGGCAUCAUACUCGGUAACCAAUCAACCAUGUCUCUUGGGUAUGCUGAGAAACUUUCCUUCAUAGAAGAUGUAGGCAACGUUGGAAUGACUGAACAUUUCGACCCAUCUACCAUUUUGCGUGAAAAAAUAGAGCAACUCGCUAUUAUGAUUAAAAAGAGUAAGCAUCUAGUAGUGUUUACAGGUGCAGGAAUAUCAACUUCAUGUGGUAUACCUGAUUUUCGAGGUCCCAAGGGAAUUUGGACACUUCAGCGUGAAGGUAAAGCCUUGCCUGAAGCAUCAUUACCGUUUCACCGUGCGGUGCCAAGCUUGACUCACAUGUCUCUCGUUGAAUUAGAAAAGGCUGGUAUUUUGAAGUUUGUUAUCAGCCAGAAUGUUGAUGGUCUCCAUCUUCGAUCUGGAAUACCAAGGGAAAAACUGUCUGAACUGCACGGGAAUUCCUUUAUGGAAACUUGCCCUUCAUGCGGAGCUGAGUACUUUCGUGAUUUUGAGGUAGAAACUAUUGGUUUAAAGGAGACAUCACGGCGCUGUUCAGACGCAAAAUGUGGGGCAAGACUUAAGGAUACAGUCCUUGACUGGGAGGAUGCAUUACCGCCGAAGGAGAUGAAUCCUGCUGAGAAGCACUGCAAACAGGCAGAUAUAGUGUUAUGCUUAGGGACAAGUCUGCAAAUAACUCCAGCCUGCAACUUGCCUCUUAAAGCACUUCGUGGCGGAGGUAAAGUUGUCAUUGUAAAUCUCCAGAAAACCCCUAAGGACAAAAACGCGUCUCUAGUCAUUCAUGGGUUUUCGGAUAAGGUAAUUGCAGGUGUCAUGGAGCACCUAAAUCUGCGGAUUCCUCCUUUCAUAAGGAUUGACCUUUUCCAGAUUAUUGUAGUGCAUGCUUUGAGCAACGAUAAAAGAUACGUGAACUGGACUCUCCAAGUUGCAAGUUCUCAUGCCCAGAAAGCAGCAUUGCCUUUCAUCAAGUCUGUCGAGGUUUCCUUCUCGGACAAGGAAGGUUUCAAAGAAGCCAUUCUGGAUAAGCAACCCUUUCGGCUUAAAAGAAGAACAGCAUAUAACAAAACUUUUGAAAUGGUUCUAAACCUCAAUUUUGGUGAAGGCUGUGGUUGCUCGUCUCUUGAAGUUGAUGUCCCGAUCGAUUUUAUGAGCUCAACUGACUGCUUCAACUUCGACAAAGAUGUCAUAUUCCAAAAGCUGAGAGACAAGGCAGUCUUCGAGUCAAAAUGCGGUCAGAAUGCCGUUAUCGAGAGAAAAACCAUCUUGAGUCCUAGAAGCGACAUUACUACCUAUGCAAUCGUAACCAACGUUGUUCAUUACAGCAAACCAGUCCCCGAUUCUCUAACCAACUGUGAUCUUAAAAAGAGAAAAGAUAUCAUGAUCGGCACAGGAUCGUCUUGGAAGCGUUCGAAAGUUUCUAAGGGUAAAUCGAUAUCAAAGAAGGAAUGAAUUAAUAGAUAGAAAGAGGUAGGUUCUGUAAGUAUGAUACCAAACAUUAGAGAACUGACAGGAUUGACAAAAUGUAGAGACUGAGUGAAUUUUGUUAGAUGUUACACUCAGUCUUUUUCCCUAAAUGGUGGCCAUGAUGCUGAAAAACUCUUUUGUAUAAUAACUAAUUACUGAAUAUAUAUAUAGUGUGUAAUCUUGGUGUGGCUUUUGUAA